AUGUUCACUGUCCAACGCCAACCGGCACGGCCUAGUUCGACCACUGCGGCUGAUCUCGCACGCAAGAUCUUCCUCGUCAAGUACAACCUGCAACUCGCCGUCGGCGCGAUCGAGUGGCUGCAGGCGUUUCUCGACGAGUGCGAGAUCGACGACGAGCCGACCAUCCUCGAUGUCUACGAGAGGCUCGUGGCGGGUAUGCAGGGUGGAGGCAGUGGCUUGGGUCAGUUGCACCCCGUUCCCAUCUGGAACGCUAGGCUUUGUCCUCUGUGCGGGACAGAGUUGUCGAAGGACCAAAGCGCUCUUGGCGCGUCGCGUCGCGUCGCGUGCGACGUCAUCGAGACUAGCCCCUAAACCGGCACAGACUGAUCGCCCCAGUUCAUCCACACAGAUGGGCCCUCCAAGGUCACACCAAGCUUACUGGAAGCCACUCGAGAAAAGUUGUCGGUCCAAGCCGAUCAGCCCGUGCACGAGCAUGGCCACCAUCUCGAAUCGACCCACUACCUCAAGAUCGUCGACGCGUUUGAAAUGCCCGCCUGGAGGUGGGGCGAGGAGAGAAAAGGGUUUGAAAAGUGUGUGCGGUUGUGCGGAUUGAUAUCCUAUCUCGGAUGCCCAGGUCUGACCGGAACCGGGUACGAUCUUCCGACGUCGCACAGAUCCGAGAACUUGCCCUCGCUCACUCCCGGACCCAAAGCCAAGGCGCAGUACCUUCGCGAUCGCUUCAACAUCAUCAAGCAGACCAUCCUCCGCAACGACCACUUUUCACCCCCUGCGAUCGCCGGCAUUCAACGUGCAGAGUACAACCAGCUCACCUCGAUCAAGAACCUGCUUGGUAGGCAGGGAGGGCAUUUUCUCAUCUUUGGCCUUUUGACGAGGAUGGAGGACGGCGCGUUCUACCUCGAGGACCUCGAUGACAAAGUUGAAUUGGAUCUAUCGGAGGCAGUAAGCUGAUCAAUGAUGGUGGAAAGAUCUGUUCGCCUUUGGACAUGGGACUGAUCAAAGUUUGCACCCCACGUCUUGCGCAGACGCCCGAAACUGGCCUCUUCACAGAAGGCUCGUUCGUUCUUCUUGACGGCGAUUACACGUUGGAGUCGACGUUCAAGGUCAGCGAGAUGGGCCAUCCGCCUUGUGAACGUCGCGAGGAGGCCAUGUGAGUGCGACCACUUGCUGAUCACCCGAGGCCCGGCUCACACCUCACACCCCGGAUCGGCAACACUCCACAGGAAACUCUACGGCCACCAUGAUUUCCUUGGAUUGGGCGCCAUUUCUAAAGAGGAGGAGGUCAGUCCGGCACUUGUCAGGGGAUGUUUGCUAUAGCCGCUCACGCCCGAGGUUUCUGUCCAUGCAGGCCGACUUUGUCAAAUCGGAGCGAUCGCCUCAGCAUGAAACAUCCUUCAUCGUUCUUUCGGAUCUGCACCUCGACAACAUCAAGAUUAUGAAUGCCUUCAAGACCGUACUGGCUGCUUACGAAGACAUGGAUGACGCCGACAAGCCCAGCCUGUUCAUCCUCUGCGGCAACUUCCGCAGUCGGCCUUUCUUGUUCGACGGCGAGGCAACAAGAGACUACCAGGGUUAGUCGAGCUCGACUCCGACUCGCUUAUGACGGAUCUUAAGAAUCGCUGAUCUCAUUCACAAUGCCGCAGACCUCUUUACAAAUCUAGCAAACGUGCUCGCUUCUUACCCCACCUUGAUUGCCCAUGCUCAAUUCUUGCUCGUCCCUGGCCCGACCGACCCUUGGUCCUCGAACCUCUUGCCUCGACCAGCCCUACCCGAAUCUUUGGUCAAGAGCUUGAUUGCCAAAGUACCCAAUAUCACGUUCGGCAGCAACCCAUGUCGGGUGCGGUACUUCUCGCAAGAGAUCGUCGUAUUCAGGGAAGAUUUGAUGGGAAGGAUGAUGAGGAACGCCGUUCGGCUCGGCGGUCCACGGAACGACGGGGACAUGGCCAACUCGAGGAAAGCAGUGAGUUCUCAAAGUGACCCCUGUUGUCGAUCGUUCGACAGGAGCUGACAGCUGUGCGCACUUGGCAGCUGGUACAAACAAUAAUCGAUCAAGCCCACCUUACACCGCUACCGCUCAACGUUCGGCCAGUGCUGUGGGACUAUGACCAUGCGAUGCGCUUGUAUCCGAUGCCAACUACGGUCAGUUCAUGUUAUUGUUGUAGCUCCUCUCCGUUUUUUGCGCUGAUAAAGCUCAUCGCCUUAUUGCCCCACAAUGCCCUUUUUUCUACAGCUCAUCCUCGCGGACAAGUUCGACCCUUACAAAUUGGUGUACGAAGGCUGUCUCGCCUUCAACCCCGGGAGCUUCAUGCGCCAACGCUUCACUUGGUCGACGUACCAUCCCCAUAUGCCGAAGCCGACGGACCGUAUGGAAGAGAGGUAUGUUCUGAAACACGUGCUCCGAGAAGGAUCAAUGUGGCUGAUGUUCAGGCUUGAUGUUCACAGUGAACUACCGCCACCAUGA